AUGGAGGGGUUAAAGCUCCUUGUAACUGCUGGGCCCCAAGCUCAGAAAGCUGUUGGUAUUUGGCUUUUUGUAUCUGCUGCUUGGGUCUUUAAUAUGGUGGUGCUCAGUGCUGUCACACGACUAACCAGAUCAGGUCUUUCAAUGACUGACUGGAACUUCACCGGAAGCCUUCCUCCUAUCUCGGAUGAAGAAUGGUUAAUUGAGUUUGAGAAAUACAAGCAAUCUCCUGAAUACACUUGGCUCUGUGGGCUAUUUGCUCUUGGUGCUGGGCAAGGACUGAUUGGCUGGUGGAUGGUCAAUAGUGGUCUAGUAGAGGAACACGAAUCUGAGUUUGCUGAACCAAAAGUAAGUCCUUAUCGCCUUGCGGCACAUUUAACUUCAGCAUUUGCUAUUUACUCUGGCCUCUUUUGGACUGCUCUUUCUGUUGUUAUGCCUGAGCCUCCUGCUGAAUCCGUAGCCUGGGUUCAAGGGUCAGCUAAAGUUAAGUGUCUGGCCCUUCCAGGAAGCAUCCUAGUUGGAGUCACUGCCAUUUCAGGAGCAUUUUCCGCUGAAAUGAUGCUAUUUUCAGGGCCGUGCAUUUAA